AUGACGACGACUGGCAGCGCCCACACGCCCCUCCCUGCCGGCAAGGGCGCACCCCAUCAGCAUGUGGACGAGGACGAGGAGGAAGAGGACCAGGAUUUCAACGAAGUCCCACGUGCUUCCGGCCCCGCUCUAGACACUGACGAUGCUAAGCGAGGGCCACCAUCAGACUCUGCCUCGGACUCUGAAGACGAUGAGGCUGACGCAGUCUUGGUAAAAGAAUCGGAACCGGUGGAUGAAGAGGAAUUGGCAGCUCUGAAGAGGGACGCUGAGGAGCAGCAGAGUGGAUUGGGCGGGCAGGAGCUGGGGAGAGGCAAGAGGCGUAGGAAGGAGGGCCCAGAUGACGAUACGAACGAAGGCUCGAGGACUGUACCCGACAAUGAAGAAGCCAAAGCAGCAUGGGCAGCUUUCCAGGACAAAGCUGACUCAUCAACUGCCUCUGGGUCAAAAGAGAUGGUCAAAAUCAUCGAGCGCUACAAGUUCGCCGGAGACGAAGUGAUAAAGGAGCGCCUACUGCCCGCGGACCAUCCGGACGCUAUAGCUUACCUCAAGUGGGCUGGGUCCACCACUCAUCACGACAAGACACAGCAAGACGUAGCAGCAGACACAAGCUCAAGGGAGACGGCACCAGUAGAUCAGACGUCCUCCGUUUCCUCUUCUGCAUCACGCGUCACAUCCUCCGCUCCCGCUCCCGCUCCCGCCUCUGCCUCCGCCUCUGCUCCACGCCCACCUCCUCCUGGCCCUCGAAGGAAGAAGCAGUCCAAGCUCGCUUCCCUCGCCGCUUCCUCCGACGCGCCAAAGAAGAUGAAUACACUAGAGAAGUCCAAGAUGGACUGGGAAGGUUGGAAGAAGGGCGGAAGCUCUGCUACUACUUCUUCUUCUGCCGGCGCUUCAGGCGGUGGUAGUGGCGGUGAUGCAAAGGGCUUGGACGGCUUGACGGAUCGAGAGAGGGAGGAGAUGGAGCAGCAGACCAAGACUGGUUCGGGCAGUGGAAGCAUGGCGGGUUACUUGGGCAGAAGCGACUUCCUCGAGAGGGUCAAGGAGCGUACGGAGGGCCAAUAA